ACUUUGCUCCAGGCUUCUCUCUUCUGGAGGUAGUCUUGCCCCAGCUGCCUUGGGAAGGCGAGCCAGAGGCUAGAGGGAGAACUCGCUGCAGGCGGACCGGACAGAUCAGAUCAGGACAAGAAGGAACAGAACCAGUCUCUCUGUCUCUGUCUCUCUGUUCGUCGCUGUCUCUGUGUCUCUGUCUCCCUGUCUCCCUCUUUCUCUGUCUGUCUGUCUCUCUUCACACAACACACACACACACACACACGCACACACACCACGUCCUCUGAGAACUCAGCUGGCUGCGACAGCGCACACCCCGCCCCGGCGCGCGUCCCAGGCUGGUGGAGCGCAGAUCCAGAUCCCCAUAGCGGCCGCCCGGCCGGGUGUUCCCAGUCUCAGGUGGCACGGAAGGGAGAUCCCGCGCUUGACAACUCGGCUGCGCUCGCCCAGACCUUCCGCCCUCCGGCUGGCCGGCGAGAGGAGCUGAGCGGGCGCGGCUGCCACUCAGAGCCCACCUGUCGACCCUCGCGGCCCCGGUCCAGCAUUGCCCGGCGCCCAGUGUCCGUUCCGCAGCUGGAGCGCCACCCAGGCUCUGCCACCAUCCCUUUCGUCUCCGAGGUGUCCCAGGCGACCCGAAGUAGCGUGGUGCGACAGCAGGACUUCGCUAUGGCCGGGGCGCGCGGGCUGCUGUGUUUGUGGCUAGGUUACUUCUGCCUGAACCUGGCACAGGGACAGAGACCAAACUUGCACCUCGUGGGACUCCGUGAGACUGAGCCAAGCGACCGCACGACAGGUGGUAGCCCGAGCCCGGACCUGCGGCCGCACGACAAGGUGUCGGAGCAUAUGCUGUGGCUCUAUGACAGGUACAGCGGCAGCAGUAGAGUCCAGGCUACCGGGACACCGGGCUCGCAGCUCCCGGGUCCUCAGCCCCUGCGCGGUGGUAACACGGUCCGCAGCUUCAGAGCCGCAGCCACAGGAACUCUUCAAAGGAAGGGGUUGCACACCUUCAAUCUGACUUCUCUAACCAAGUCGGAGAACAUUUUGUCAGCCACACUGUAUUUCUACAUUGGAGAAUUAGUGAACAUCAGCUUGAGCUGUCCAGAACCCCAAGGAUGCUCCCAUCACACUCAGAGACAACACAUCCAGAUAGACCUCUCUGCAUGGAUCCUCAAAUCCAACCAAAGCCAGCUCUUGGGUCAUCUGUCUGUAGAUGUGGUCAGACCUUAUAGAGACAGCGUGUCUUGGCUGUCAAAAGACAUCACUCAGCUCUUAAGGAAGGCCAAGCAAAAUGAGGAGUUUCUCAUUGGGUUUAACAUUACCUCCAGAGCACACGAGCUACCCAAGAAGAUGCUGUUUUUCCCGGAACCUUAUAUCUUGGUAUACGCCAACGAUGCUGCCAUUUCUGAGCCAGAAAGCGUGGUAUCUAGCUUACAGAGACACCGAGAUUUCACAGCGGGAACUGUGCCCAGACUGGAUAGCCACGUCAGAGAAGCCCUCUCGGUUGAGAGGAGGAAGAAGCGCUCUACUGGGAUCUUGCUGCCCUUGCAGAACAAUGAGCUACCUGGGGCAGAGUAUCAGUACAAGGAGGAGGGACCGUGGGAGGAGAGAAAGCCUUAUAAGAGCCUUCAGACUCAGCCCCCUGAGAAGAGCAGGAACAAAAAGAAACAGAGGAAAGGGUCCCAUCAGAAGGGACAGACGCUGCAAUUUGAUGAGCAGACCCUGAAGAAGGCAAGGCGAAAGCAGUGGGUUGAACCUCGGAACUGUGCCAGGAGGUACCUUAAAGUGGACUUUGCUGAUAUCGGCUGGAGCGAAUGGAUUAUCUCCCCCAAGUCAUUUGAUGCUUAUUACUGCUCUGGAGCCUGCCAGUUCCCAAUGCCAAAGGUAGCCGCUGCCGCCGCCCUUCACCUUGUGCUCCUUUCAUUUUUGCACGGGGUAGAGGAGUAUGCUAAGUUCUUUGAAGCCAUCAAAUCACGCCACCAUCCAGAGCAUAGUGCGAGCGGUGGGGGUCGUCUCUGGGAUUCCCGAGCCUUGCUGUGUGCCGGAAAAGAUGUCCUCACUCAGCAUCUUGUUCUUUGAUGAAAACAAGAAUGUAGUGCUCAAAGUCUAUCCCAACAUGACAGUAGACUCCUGUGCUUGUAGAUAACCUCGUCAAGAACUCACAGAUGCUCCAUCCAAUCAUUAGUUGGGUUUUAUGGGCUUUUUUUUUUUUUGCACUGCCAAUGCAUUUUGUCCCAAAAGAUGUUUUAUAGCAGGAAGAAAAUGAACAAAUAGAUUGAAGGUUCCCACCAAACAAAACCGGACUGUAUUUUCCUUUGAAUGUAACUAAAAGUGAGAUUUUAGUAAACGUGGACCUCUAUUUCUGUUGUUUCUUAAUCACAUAAGAAAAAUUGUUACUCAACCUGGUUUUUUAGAAGUGUUAGAGAACACAGUGACUUAUUUUUGUAUUGGGCUUUAAGAUUGGGUGGGAAAUGACAGCAAUAACUUAUCAUUUGUUGCUACUCAUAAAAAGAGGAAAGGGAAGUAGAUAGGAGCCUUGGAAUUUUUUCUCACUAGGUGUCUUGCCUUAGGCUCCUGAGCAGACUGCAACUGCUAAACACCCAUCUUUCUUUGAUGUUCAUCGGGAAGGUUUCUGAGACUUGUCUAUCCUGGGUUUUUCUCUACAAUCAUGGUGUGAGUCGAGCUAGUGUGUGCAGAAUACUAGUUUGAAUGUGCGUGUGUCAGCUCGCUGUACCUCCUGUAGAAAAAGAAAAGGCUUCCUUAAUAUGGUUCUAUAGCUGCAUCAUCAUGGCAUUCCUUUGUUGUCGUCAAUAAUAUCAUAUUCUGGCCAGCACCAAUCCACUGAUGACUGCAUUAUCCAAGAGCCUAUGCCAAGAGCAACGUGUCACUGAUUGGAAAUACAGAUGUUUUCAAGGCCUUGACUCCCAGAAAAAGAGAGCCAAAGGCUUCAAUUUUAAAACCCCGGGUGUCGUUCUUCUGUAGUUUUCUUUUUUCUUUUUUCACUACACAUAUUGUCAUUUGCUCUAAGGUAAUUUAGGAAGUGCUUCCUGAAGUUAUUAACUUUAAAGUUUCCUUACCACUAUACUCUCUCUUCCUGUGACGUUGUUCAUGGAUGUUGAGGCUUACAAGCCGUUGUUAGAAAUGACCAAGUGAAUUACUAUCUUGUGGUGACUACCAUGCUCCACACCUGUUUCUAGGGUCUUCUCCCCAGAGAUCAAGACACUGUCCUCAAUCAUGGACCCUAUACUCCAUCAAAGCCUAC